AUGCCUCAUAAACUCCUCAAGUUACUCCUGGGAAGUUACCAGUGGCUGGCCAGUUACUGGCCCAUCCUUAUGCCAAGGGGAAUCCGCCUAUACACAUUUGAACAGAUCCCGUUAUUCAUGAAAGAAAACCCAUACAUUACAGAUGGAUACAGAGCCCGUUUAAAAUCCAAACUCUGUUUAAAAAGGUAUGUCAAGAGAAUAGUAUAGCUAAACUCAAUGUAACGUAGUACGUUGUUAUACAGUGUUGUUGCUAGUUGUUGUAUAGCCUGGUCCCAGGUCUGUACUGUCUUGCCAACUCAUAUGGUCCUCGUCACACCAAACAAAAUGACCAUAGCAGUUGGCAAGACAGCACAAACAGAUCUGGAACCAGGCUAGUUGUUGACAGUGUUGUGUAUUGUUUUCCACCACUCUAGCAUAUUUGUGCUGUCCAAUGAGACAGUCAACAUAUGGACUCAUCUGUUGGGCUUCCUCCUGUUCUUCCUACUGGGGGUGAAUGACAUGUCUAUUGUCCUGCCAGCUUCAGGUGCCAACAGAGAAGACUAUGUCAUCUACUGCAUAGCACUCUUCUGCUUUCAGGUGUGUGUGUAUGUGUGUGCGUGUGUGUAUGUGUGGGUGGGUGAGGGAGAGAGACGGAUGGACAUAAAGAACGAGACCGAAAGAAAGAGAGCGAGAGGUCACAGCUAUCUAUCUGUCAGUCUUAUUUUGUUAUGGUUUCCUGUGUUCAGGAGAAGUAAUGCUGGUGUGUUUUACCUGUUGUUGUGUUUCUAGGUGUGUAUGCUGUGUUCUGCAGGGUAUCACAUGUUCUCCUGCCACCUCUCAGAGAAGACGUGUCACCGCUGGUUGGCGCUGGACUUCGUUGGAAUCUCUGUGGGAAUCCUGGGCUGUUACAUUCCAGGGGUCUUCUAUGCCUUCUACUGCAUCACUGUAUGUUGGACAAUAAUACAUUCCAUCAUUUGUUUUAUUUUUCACUCAUACUGUUUGUUUCUGUAAAGAUAUACUUGCGCAAACUGGCUCUGAAAUCCCAUCUCUUCUCCCCACAUAUCGUUCCCCGUUUCCUGUCUUCUACCCCCACCCUCUCUCAUCAAUAGUUCUGGAGACAGGUGUACCUGGUGACUGCUCUAGCGUUGAUAUUGGCUGUGUUCUUAGCUCAGAUCCACCCUCACUACCACUCUAAGGAGUGGCGACACCAGCGUACUGCCAUCUUCUGCUCUGUGGCUGGCUACGGGAUCAUCCCCGCCGGCCACUGGGUCUGGCUCAAUGAAGGCCUCGGCUCAGCUGUCGUCCAGGUGAGGCAGUAGAUUCCUGAAUUACAAUAUUAGGUAACACUUUAUUUGAAAUUGUGUUGACUUCAUAACACCUUCAUAAACAGUACAAUUAUGCAUCAGAGUCAAGUAUUGUUACCCUUACCAUCUGUUCUCUCUGUCUGCAGUUGUUCCUCCCUCGUGUGAUUGUGAUGUAUUUGAUAGCUGGAGCUGCCUUCCUCUUUUACAUCUCUAAAAUCCCAGAACGCUGCUUCCCAGGUGAGCCUUCAUGCUUGACACAUCGAUUUCACAAUACUACAAAUCACCUUGCAUAGAAAAGAACCUGUGUCAUGUGAAUAAGAUGAGUAAUUCUGCACCUUGUCUUGCUCAAAUUGAUUCCUUGAAAUGCGCUGGACAUUUGAAGUGACCUUGUGAUGCCCUUUGACCUCCACAGGUCAGCUGAACUAUCUGGGUGCCAGCCACCAGGUGUGGCAUGUCCUUGUGGUGUUCUUACUCUACUGGUGGCACCAGACUGCAGUGUAUAUCAUGAAAUUCAGACACAGCCAGCCCUGCCCUCCUCUCUACACCCAGCCUGGUCUGAUAGACUAGACGUAACAUAGUAA